AUGAAGGAAGGGAGGGGAAGUGUGAUGUCAAACUUGUUGGAUUGUUCAAACACCCCAGAGGUGGUGCUUGGCAAAGGUUCUGGAACACUUCAAAAUGCUAAGCCUGCCAUGGAAAGGGAAGUGAAGAAGGGGAAACCAGAUGAGAAAGGCUUGAAGGUUUUGAACAAACCUAACUUGAGUGCCUGGGGCUGUCAAAAAACCCUUCUCGGACGACAUUAUUACGAUUAG